CCCCUUUCUCGACCACGUCAUGCUUCGCACCCUCCUCACCCCCUUGAGCGCGCGAUUCUCGCUACCCUCGCCCCUUUCACCACGGGCCAGUUCCGGCUCUGAGGUGUUCAGCGACCCAGACGAGCUCGCCCCGGAAGACUUUGCGCGGGAUGUGUUGGUGGAGUUGAUGCGAAAUGCGACGGAGAGGCUCAAAACGGCAGACACGCUUUCCGAAAGGAUCGAGGUGUUGACCGAAAUCCACAAAAUAAUGCUCCAAGAUGCGUGCACAAAGGAUGUCUUCAGAGAAAUGGACGGCUUCCUGGUGCUCAUGAGCGUACUUUCGACCAUUCAUCCGACGUUUACCCAAGAACAGAAGUCACGGAGCGAGAGUGCUGGCACGGAGCUCCUCGAGGCGACGCGUCUCACGUUCCUCAUUCUCUCUGAAGCCCUGCACAAGCACAACGACAACGUGGAGUACUUCAAGUCCUCAGUCGGCUUGGAAUCGUUCUCGCAAGCAACGCUGGGCCUGAUCUUGGACGCGCGGACGGUCAAGCAGACGAUGGGCUUCUUGACGUCUUUGGCCCUUCACGACUUUGCAUGGAGCAGGUUCUUCUUGCACACAACAGGGGCCGACUACGCGACCAUAGACCAUAAGUUCCAGGCGUUCACGGACAAGCUUAGGUUGAUCCACGUACCGGAAGCUCUUUGGAUUCUGUAUGACGCCGCCCUUCUGCCAGGACGCGAUGACCCCGUGCUGCGGUAUAUGGGCACGAAGCUGCUGGAGAGGCUGGCUCUGCACAAACAUCGGAAUCAGUGCAUCCUGAGUAGUCUUGGUUUGGUGCGCUCACUAUUCCAACGGCUAUGUGGCGGCGUGGAGCUGCCAAAAGCGGAGAAACAAGUGGUGCAGAAGUUGCUCCGUCGACUGUUGGAUCACAACGUUGAGACCGAGGACGCUAGACUGAUGUUCCAGCGCGCUAUCCGACCGGACGACACGUUGGACCCUGACGUGCUUGAGGUUCUACGAGCUGGCAUGAAGGUCAGGUGGCCGGGCCACUUCUCGCUAGAGUCUCCUGCCGCCAUUCGUGUGACUCGGAAUGGCACACGAGCACUUUCGUCAACAGGGUUCACGUUCAUGCUAUGGCUGUGGAUCGAGCAGAUACCGAAGGAUAAGACGCACAACUUGUUCUCAAUAGCUGCUGGUGACCGGAAGAUAUUUUCUAUGAGGCUCCGCUCGGACGGCAAUCUCGACAUUGAGAGCACAGGGAGCAAAGACCCUGGGGUGCUAAAGGCCAAUCUGGCGAAGGGGCGUUGGACGCACAUCGCGCUGGUCCACUACCCUCACCGUAAUUCGAAACCUACCAUUCGCUUGUUCGUCGACGGCCACAUGGUCGACUCCGCACAAUGGCCAUACCCGCGGGGUGACGCGAACGUGGACCGACCAUACACAAUUGGUGACUCCUCUCCCGGCGCCUGCCUCAACUGGUGCAUAGCAUCUGCAUAUCUCUUCUCUGUCCCCCUCCCGGACGAACUUCCACGCAUAAUCCACGACCUCAGUCCUCGUUAUGUGUCCCGAUUCCAGGCGACCGACUUGAUUCGCUUCCUCACCUAUGAAGCAGCGACCGCGCUCAACGUUCACUUAUAUGCGAGGGCGGAGCAGACUCGGACAUCGGCUCACGAAGUGAAGAAUUUGAUCAAUUCGUUCAAGAACGGGCUGGGAAUUAGCGAGGCCAGCAUUAUCUUCUCAGUCUCACCCUCGACCGUGCCUUCUGAGCCGAAUGACGCUGCGCUAGACAGCGACGUCUUCGUGGCGAGAUCUGACGGCUUGGACCUCGCUAUGUGGGAGAUCGGAGGCGCUGCUGUCGCGUUGCGCUUAGUGCAACUUGCACAGAACCAACACGAGGUGUCUCGCGCGCUUGGAGUCCUGACGGAUGGAUUGCGGAACAGCUGGCAGAAUUCUGAGGACAUGGAGCAGAUGCGCGGUUAUGACAUCUUGACCGACAUCCUACGGAAGAAGUGCCAGCUGAUCAACAUGACCGGGUUUGAGACUCUAUUUGAGUUCCUCGGCAUGAACUUCCGUUCACCUGACCAUUCGACCAUCACCAACACUGUCGCUUACCGAGCCAUCGCUCUCGACUUCCAGCUAUGGUCACGAACUCGGAAAGAGAUCCAGCUUGUGCACCUUGAACAUUUCGCCACGCUUCUGGAGACCAGCAGGCACAAGCGCUUCAACAUGAAGCAGCGGAUGAGCAAGAUGGGCGUUGUGCGGAAGUUACUGUUCGUCCUCCAGACGGACUGGUACCCGAACGACAUGCUGCCGUUCUUGUUGGAGACUCUGAAGGUCGUCGCUGAGGCCAACUUCUCUAUCGACGAGGCUAUCCGUCCAAUCGUAUCGUACUUGGCUGCCAAUUUGCACGAGCCAACGGGUGGUGCUAGCUCCCCUCGUUCCGUGAUCUCUAGAAUCGAUAAUCUGAACGCUCAGUACAAAGCAGAACAAGUAUUCAGGAUGCUCGUGUCGACGUUGGACAACCCUGCCAUGUUCAACCAAUUUACUGCGGCUCUACCACUCACCCGCAUUUGUCUUCUAUUGCUCGGCGAUCGGCCCUCUUCGUUGACGGCGACGCUCGUGCUCCGGAUGAUCUCUACUGCUCUUAGUAUAUCUAUAUCUUUCAGCCGGAAGUUUGAGUUGAUCAGCGGAUGGAAUGUGUUGAAGCUGGUCCUGCCGUAUGGAUGGGACGCUAGCGUACAAGACGCUGCGUUCGAUGUCCUGCUUGGAAGGAGCCGGGACAAGAAAGAGAUCAUCCCAACGGUCAUCUGCCCAUAUAUCGUCCCAGCGAUCUUCUCGUCACUCAAGAUGUGCCUGGACUCGAGUCGAAUGUCCGAGGAUGCCCAGACUCGUGCCCUCGCGACAUCGAACGUGGAGCAUCUCCUCGAAGCACUCAUCGAAACCCAUUCCACCAGCCCUACGUUCCGUGAGGUCUUUCGGUCUCAUGCCAUCACACAGUCCUUCAUCGAUGCGUAUAAGAUGUACUCCAUUUCUGUGCAGCACGCUGCCGAGAUCGACCAGGACACAGUGCGCGUGCUCGAGAAGCUCUCGCAUCUCGGCCUCAGCAUCGCAUUGGACAAUGCUGUUGCUGUCAACCAGAAACAGGAGAUCAUGGACGUUCUACAAGCCGCGGAGUCCCUCUUGAACCCCCGCGCCACACAAGAGACGAGCGUUGAUCCUGCAGCCGUUGUUGGUACAAAAUCGCGUCGUAGGCGGAUGGCCUCUGUUAGGUUGAGUAUGCAGCUCGGCGAGAGCGCUGUGAAACGUUCGAUCGUGCGCAUACACGAGUGGCGCAAGUCCGUCGUUGCUACAGAGAGGAAGCGGUUGCGGAAAACCGUGCUAGAUCUGCGCGAGCACAACCGGCAAAUAUCCUCGCUGGUGGAGUGGGCGACCGUCCUCACAACAGAACGCGGCUUAUGGGCGAAGGCUGACGACGUACCCCAGUGGCGGUUGGACGAGACUGAAGGGCCUUAUCGGGUUAGAAAGAAGCUGGAGCAUGACGAAGAGAAGAUGCCAAAUACCAAAAUCGAUCAGCAGCAGAUUGCCGAUGUUUCUUUCGAGGUCGACACUCAAUCCGUCAUGCAGAUUGAGCUACCGCCUUGGUCGGAAUCGUAUGAUUUAUCUUCCGCUGAGAUGGAUGAUCAACUAGGAGAAGAGAUCUUCGAGGAUAAACAUCGUCGAGUCCGGCACGAACUUGAGCCUGGCGAUGUCAUCGAUGCCGUCAAAACUGUUGCUCGAAUAUCUGGUGUUGAUUCCUCCCCUGGACUACUCAUUUUCGGUCGAAGUUACAUUUACCUCCUAGAUGGCCUCGUCGAGGGCGACGAUGGUGAGGUGAUCGAUGCACAUGACGCCCCUAGAAAGUUGUUCUUCGUCCCGGGAAGCAUCAUGGACCUUGACAGUCAUCAAAGAGCUCAACGAUGGCAGCACGACCAAAUCAUGAGCUUCAGUGACCGCACCUUCCUUUUCCGCGACGUAGCAUUGGAGAUUUACUUCCGAGACAGCCGCUCUCUUCUGGUCGUAUUCGUGGAUCGUAAGCAACGGAGAGAAAUCACCGGAAGGCUAUCACACAUCAUAAGCCGGACGGGUGGAGAUCCCGCGAGCGCUGGCAUAAUGAAGUCGCCAUUCGUUGGUCGACUGAGUUCAAAAGUAACUUCUGCCUUCAGUGUCAAGAUGAUGUCGGGUUUCGGUUCGGACGAGCUGUCUAUUGCCCAAAGGAAAUGGCAAUCACGCGAAAUCUCGAAUUUCACAUACCUCAGCAUCCUCAAUCAAGUCUCUGGUCGAACACCUAGUGAUGCUACACAGUAUCCUGUCUUCCCUUGGGUCCUCCAGGAUUAUGCGUCCAGUAAGCUCGACCUCUCAUCCGCAGCGACUUUCCGCGAUCUGUCGUUGCCUAUGGGCGCCCUCACGGAGGCUCGCAGAGAAGCAGCUCAAUCGCGAUACGAGAACUUGAUGAGUGUAGGAGAGAAGCCCUUCCACUAUGGCACACAUUUCAGCUCUUCCAUGAUCGUCUGCCAUUUCUUGAUUCGAAUGGAACCCUUCACGCAUAUGUUCAAAACGCUGCAGGGAGGAGAUUGGGAUCUACCAGAUCGUCUAUUCAUUGACAUCAAGAGGGCGUACACGUCUGCCUCCCACGACAUUCGAGGCGAUGUUCGAGAGCUCAUUCCCGAGUUCUUUUCGUGUCCAGAGUUCUUGGAGAACUCCGCCAAUCUUGACUUCGGCGUGCAGCAGAACACUGGUGAGAAGAUUCACGAUGUAAAGCUUCCACCCUGGGCGAAGCAGGAUCCUCUCUUGUUCAUCGUUAUGAAUCGUAAAGCCCUCGAGAGCGACUACGUCAGUGAACACCUACCCCGAUGGAUCGAUCUGAUCUGGGGCUGCAAGCAAGCGGAUCCCGAUUCAUACAACGUCUUCCACCCACUUAGCUACGAGGGAGCGAUUGACCUUGAUGCUAUCACAGACGACCUCGAGCGCGAGGCGACGGUUGGCAUCAUUCAUAACUUCGGCCAGACCCCUCGCAAGAUAUUCGCCUCUCCCCAUCCUCCGCGGAACAUGCACGGAAAUUCUGCCCUCCCGCUGGGCAUCAUCUAUGGAAUUGCAGAGGACUACCACCUAUUAACUCAAGGUUCCAAACCCCUGCGAGAUCUUGGACCGGAACAACCUGUGCAUGACUUGGUGCUCGACUUGAUCGGCGCGCAAGUGAUUCCGUGCCCAGGGGGUACACUAUGUGUUCCUUCAAGGCCUCAUGAGGGAAUAGUAUGGGACAGCAGCUCUGGUUCUACUGGCGCUUUGAAGGUCGUCCUUGAUCGCAAGGUUUCUCAGGUCGUCGAAUCCGCCUUCUGUUCUUGUGCUACGUAUGCAGACGGAGAUACCUUGGUGACGGGCUCUACGGACAACAUGGUCCGACUAUGGAAAAUCAUUCGCAACGACCGUAGUCGCGAGCAACCGGUAACAUUGCAACUCACCCAUUUGAUGCGCGCACACACGGCCAGGGUGACAUGCAUUACUGCUUCACGAGCAUGGUCACUGAUCGUCAGCGGGUCAAACGAUGGUAGUGCCGCACUAUGGGACCUGAACCGUGGCGUAUACACGCGGUCAAUUUGGCAUGGUACUGGACCAUCGUCCGAAGUACACUUGGUCGCCAUAAACGAGAGCACAGGUUAUAUAGCUACAUGUUCACGGGACCGAUUAUGGCUGCACACAAUCAACGCCCGCCCUAUUGCUUCCUUGGAUCUCACGGACUCCGCGCCUUCCCCACUUUACCCUCCUGUCACAUCUCUUGCCUUCCUUGAACGGGACUAUGCUCACACCGAUCUCAUUGCUACCGGCGCUCCCGACGGAACGAUCACCCUACGAACAUGGAAUCCCAAUUCUACGCCGGAAGGAGAGAAGGCGCGGUGGGAGUUCGUGACGCUCAAGACGCUCAAGGUGAAAUCCGAGAGUCGUUACAGGAGUUCUACUCCCUGUGUAACUGCGCUCAAAUUCGUUGGGGAGUCCCUCUACCAUGGCGAGGACACAGGCAAACUCUACGGAUGGGAACUUCCGGAUUGA